GAUACAAUGGAAUAUCUUCGUGUAUUUGCUUUGGUACCUAAAAUCUCUUUCUUCUCCAAUUCAAGAAAUUCAAUUUCUCCGCUGUUCAUCCCGAGUUGCAGAGGGAAAAGCAGAGAAGAUCCACUCUCUAGCUCUUCACCGUACUCAAUACUUGGAGUAGAGCCAAGCUGCUCAUCUUCCGAGCUUAAGGCAGCUUUUCGUGCCAAAGUGAAACAAUACCAUCCUGAUGUAAACAAAGAGAGAAGCAACUCUGAUAUUAUGAUUCGUCGCAUAAUCCAGGCAUAUGAGAUGUUAACAAACUAUAGCCGGUCAGAGAUAAUUGAAGGAGAAUGCUUGGACCCUUUUGACCAUCCAGAGUGUGAGGCACUUGAAGUGUUUGUAAAUGAAGUUCUCUGUGUUGGAAAAGGAUGUUCGUAUCCAUGCUUUAAAACAGCUCCUCAUGUCUUCUCAUGUGAUACAACUGGAACAGCUCGAGCAAUGUCCCAAGGGCAUGGCGAAGAUUAUCGUGUACAAUCUGCAGUUAAUCAGUGCCCGAGAAAUUGCAUACAUUAUGUCACACCAUCACAGAGAAUUAUUUUAGAAGAGUUACUUGACAGUGUCUUGGAAAAACCUUAUGAUUGUUCCGCGGAAGCAGAGUUUCUCUAUGCUCUUAUCGUCAAAGCUCAGUUUGAGAACAAUCGGUACCAGAAACCAAAGAGGAAACAACCUGAAUCUUCAGGAAAACAUGUAGACUGGUUCUAAAGUUGAACCAAUAGAGUUGAAGAAUCUGAAACGGAACAUGGAUUAAAUGUGAAAAUCUCUCCAUAAGGUCACAUCGAGAGAUAUCACCAUGAAACAGUAGAUGCCAUUGUACUAUUCAGAGUUUUUAAGAGAGCAGGGAAAAGAUGAAAGAAAAUUCUGUGAAUUCGGAACAAGUUCCAAAACUUGACUUCUACACAAAUCUUUGUGUUUAUGUACUCUAUUCACUAUGGUGAUUUUCAUACGGACUAGUAUUAGUAUAUGUAUAUUGGUUACAUUUUCAAUGUGAGAGAAUUCAGAAAGGUGAGAGAAUUCGAACCAACUUAAAGUCUUAACCUUAUGUUUUUUUUUCUUCUUCUGAAAUUAAGUUAUUUAGUUGGCCCAUUA